GCGGCCUUUUCUCACAGCUGGCCUGACCUCGAGGCCUCUCUUGGCGUGGCUUUAGCCAUGGAAAAAGCUGGUGACACCUGCCUGUCAGCCAUGGCCCUGAUCGAAGGCGUAGGGGACGAAGUGACUGCCCUCUUUGCAAUCCUGCUGGUGCUCCUGGUGCUGGUGCUUGCCUGGUUCUCAACCCGCACCGUGGAACGGGGAGACUCCCCCUUCGCUGACGCCUCCACCCCGGGCACUGGCCAGCUGCAGGAGGAGGGCCCGCAGGAGAACCGGGCCGGCGUGCCGGCCUCUGGACUGCAGCAGGCCAGAGGAGGAGGAGGACCACCGGCCGCGGGGGCCAUCCCCGAUGGGCCCGCCAGUGUGUCUGGGAGCCUGCUGCGCCACAGGACUACCCCCAGCCCCCCGCAGCCCCCCUCACUGCCCGCAGCAGGCACGGGCACAGGCACGGAGCCCCCUCCAGCAGACGACAGCAUCGUCUUGCGGCUGAAGUUCCUAAAUGACACGGAGCGGCUGGCCCGGGUCCAUCCCGAGGACACGGUGGGGACCUUGAAGAGGACCUACUUCCCCGGCCAGGAGCAGCUCGUGCGCCUCAUCUACCAGGGACAGCUGCUUCGGGACGAUUCGCAGACGCUGGCCGCCCUUCACCUCGCCCACCACAGCGUGGUGCACUGCCACAUCUCUCCGCACAGGCCGCCCGCGGCGCCCGCGGGCGCGCACGCCAAUGCCGCCAGCACGGACGUGGCGCACGCGGCCCUCAACAUCGGCAGCCUGAUGGUGCCGCUCCUCCUGCUGCUGCUGGGCGCCCUCUGGUACUUCCAGCUGCAGUACCGCCACAUUUUCACCGCCACGGCCACCGCCUGCCUGGCCGGCCUCACGCUCGUCUUCAGCUUCGUGGCCUUUGCCGUGUACCGCAGAUAGCGCCUCCUCUGGCACCGCUGGGCUGGGGGCUGCCGUGGCAGCUGGUGCCCCAAGGCAUGGACUUGCACGGCCCGCAAAGGGGGGGGCGGCGCCCAGCUUUGCUGGGAGUGGGGCUGAAGGGCGCCCCUGCAGCGGGCCACUGCCACCCCGGUGCCGGAAUCCCCCACUGCCACUCCGAGCGUGGGCACCUGUUGGCCGAACAGGGACCCUCUGCCGUGGGCUGCUGAGCAAGAGCUGCCUGCAGCACCUGUCCCCCCCCCCCGCCGUUCCCCGGCGAAUGUGGCCCACUCCCCUGUGCCUCAGCCAAGGUCCCUCCGCCAGCGAAGUGGCGAGGGGGCCACGGCUACCCUGCUCUGCAGCUCAAGUCCAGUCUCAGUGGCCGGGGGGGGGUCUUUAAGGGUACCAACCAGGAGCACCUGCAGUCUGGGGGUGGGGGGGCAGUUCCCGAUG